AUGUCUAUCCACAUCCAUCUGAUCGACCCACCCGAUUACUACACCAAUCUCGACACUGUCAGCGGGCAGGUCGGCUUCACGCUUUCGCGACCGGAGAGUGUGGGUGCUGUUGUGGUGAAGCUCGAGGGCGAGGCGAGCACGGCGCUGAUCGUGCCGACAGCGGAGACCUCGGCCGGCUGGACAUACCGCAACAAACCGCUCGACGACGCGGAUGUGGCGACCAAGGACCCGAGCCAUCCGCGACCGUCGGCGGGAGCGGAGCUGAAGGAAACACACAAGAUCCUGUACCAGGUGGUGCAGGCAUACCCGCCGAAGAUGGGUGACAGCGAGAAAAAGGCACCGGCGGCGACGAUACUGCAGGCAGGCCGUCACACGUUUCCCUUCCAGUUUGAGCUGCCGUUCAACAACACGUGUGCGAAUCCGUCGGCACUGUCGAGAUCGGGCGUCGGACUGGGAGACACGAGUGGGAUUCGAGUGAUGAACGGGACGAAGCAGCUGCUGCUGCGCCACAUACGACAGACGCUACCUCCAAGCUAUGGCGAGAGCAGUGGACAGGUGGAGAUCCGGUACUUUGUCAAGGUGACGGUGCAGCGGCCGGGCCUGUUCAAGGAGAACUGGCGACACCAGUUGGGCUUCCGGUUCAUGCCGAUUGAGCCACCACGGCCACCGCCGACGACGCGCGAGGUGUUUGCACGACGGCCGUUUGCGUUCCGGGCACGGGCAGCAGUGCCGCUGGCGAUUGCGCCGGUGCGGAAGAAGAGCAGCAGCUUCUUCGGGCGAGGCGGCAGCACAUCGAGCGUGGGCUUAACGCUGUUUGAACCGGGCGAUCAGUUGAUGGUGAUGGCGCCGAAACCAAGGGAGUUUGCAGCAGGUGGCUCGGGAGCUGAAACUGGACGGCUGCAGGACGGCCUGGCACCAGCAAUUCAGAUGUCGGCACUGCUACCGUUUCCGGCGAUCCUAACAUGGGGACAGGCAGGGCCGCUAGGACUGAGAGCACGCAAGCUGCAGCCCAGCCCCGAGCUGGUGUACCUGACGGGCUUGGAAGUGCGGCUGGUGGGAACGAUGCGGCUAGUGGCCCAGGACCUGCAGGUGGUCAGCAAGACCUCGUGGGUGCUGCUCGCACAGACAGACCUGGCCAUUGCCGUCUGCACGGCGGACGGGCCGGUGGACAAUGAAAUCGAGCUGUCCAACGAGCUUUGGCGGUCCAAGACACUGCCCAGCUCGGUAGUGCCCAACUUCCGGAUCUGCAAUGCCAGCCGCGAGUACGAGCUGGAGGUACGGAUUACGCUCUCAUGGGGACUGCCGUCACCAGCCACAGCGGCCCUGCGGGCGUACCGGCCGCUCAGCACGACAGCUACGAAGCAGGAAAAGAAGACGCGCAAGGAGGCUCUCAAGGCGCUGCAGGCCCAGCCAGCACAGAUGCUGCCACAAACGGUGCGGUUUCCGCUCAACUUUGCCGCCGUCGAGGUCUACUCGGGCAUCCGGCCGACGGCAGCGCUGGUGGCAGCCGUCAGCAGACAUCGGGAGCUGCAGGGACUGCAGGAACAGCGCCAGCUGCGACAGCAUCAGCAGGUGCGAGACGAGAACGAGGAUAGCGACAGCGAUGGUAGUGACAGCAGCGACAACGACGACGACGACGACGACAAGCUGUACCUGCGUGAGAUGGGCAAGGGACAGCAACAGGCCGGAGUUCAUGAGAUGCCGUUGCCAACGAGUCCAGCGUUUCACGAGCCGUCUGCCCAACAGCUCGAGGCCGUCGGGAUGCCCGCUUUGCCUCCACGAAAAAACACGGUUGCUACAAGACAGAUGACCAUUCGUCGAAGACCAGUCCCACAGCAGCAGCAGGCGCAAGAACAAGCCAAAGCGAGCGCGCAGAACAGGAACUCGAUGCAGAAGAACGGCAGCACUCCGUGCGACCAAAGGUCACCGCAGCAGCAGUACCACCUGUGCCAGCAGCAGACGGAUCCUCAGCCGCAGCCACAGGCACUGCUGCCGGUCAACGCGUUCGAUCCGCUGUACCCGCCUCAGCUGCAGGCGGGCCUGGACGACGACGAGGGCGCGUACGACGACCCGCCGCCCACGUACGACGAGGCGAUGACCUCGGUGUUGGACCUGGGCGGUGGCGUGGGUUCGGACCGGCCGGCAGACCGGCGUGGUUAG